GCUGGCGCGAUGAUGGAACAGGACUUGGAUGGCAUUGGCUUGUCGGCCGAUGCACUGGCCGCGUUGCGAGAAUUUGCCCUCGAGCGAGGGAUUACCGUAGAGGACGACGAUGAAUCCUUUGACAUUCGCAAGGAAGUGCAGACGGCACUGGAAGAGGAGAAGGGUCCCAACGAAGACAAGUUCACGUACAGCUUCGGCGACGACAUUUCCAUCCAGCUCAAUGGCCUCCGUCGCGAUAUAGGCCAGACGCUCAACAGUACAGGGCUGACGCUGUGGCAUGCUGGGGACUUCUUGUCCGACUUCAUGUUCAAGCAUCCUCACUUGUUUGCUGGCAAGCGUGCGCUGGAGCUCGGCAGUGGACUGGGUCUAUGUGGCAUCUUGGCGUGGCAUUUGGGCGCUCAAGUAUUGAUCACGGACGGCGACGACGAGUCCAUGGUGCUGCUGGAAGAAAACUGCAAGUUGAACGGUCUGGACACUGACGUGUGCUGUCAAAAGCUGCUGUGGGGCGAAGACCUGGCCCCCGAGACGCAAGGCACGUACGACGUCCUCAUUGGUGCCGACAUCAUCUACGAAAAGGACUACGUGGGCCCGCUGUUCGCCACCGCGAGUCACUUCCUUGCCCGAUCCUCGGACGCCAAUAUUUUCUACUUGGCCUACACCAAGCGCAAUGUGUCGAUCGAUUACGUCUUGGCGUGUGCGACGGACGCUGGUUUUACUUGGGUUGCUCCCACCACUGACGAGGGCAUUUACGAAUUCAAGCUAACUCGCAACUAAAUAUCCACAUUGUGUUGUUACGAA